AUGAAUAUUAUAAUUUUACAAUUGUCAUGGCUAUUAUGGGUUUCAUGUAUAAUAUCUUCCACCAGUUCAGGUCCUAUUACCAAAGAGAGCUUGAAAAAGGGAUUUUAUCAUGCAGAUGCCUUUUGUUCACCAAGUUAUACAAAUGGUGAUGGUUCUUUAAUUAAUGCUUUAGAGGUAGCAACAAAUAUUGAUUUCCCACCAUUUAUUAAGAAAAAGAGUAAAGGUGUUUAUACUGGUUUUAAAUUUUUAAAGAUUUUAGAUGUUCAAUUAACCACUUUUUCCAUAAAGAGAACAAUCGUUUUAUUUUAUUGUAAUAGAAGUCAAAUUGAAUGGAAAAAAGUAUUUGAAAUUGAUAAAGAUAUUGAUUGGAAUAAACCAAUUUGUGAAUAUAUCCCCAAAAAAGAACCUCCUCCUAAUACUUCAAUUGGUAAACAAUUGAAAAGUUGGUUUACAUUUUGGGAAAAACCCAAAAAAUCAACAUUACUAACUGCAAAAGAAAAGGCUAAAAAUGAUUUAAAUCAUAUGUUUUGCUUUAAAUUAGCUAGGAAAAAAUUUUAUUCUUUUUAUAAAGAUCCAUUUUAUUUGAAAAAUAGUUGGGCUGGUGGUAUUUUUUAUUCAAAUUUUUCCACCAUUGAAAAACUGGAUUUUAUUAAAAAUCAAUUAAGUGAUGAUUUAAUAUUUCCAAAGGAUGAGUUUAAAAUAUAUGCCGAUGAAGAACAUACAAUACCCUUAGCUCCAUUAAUUACUGAUAAUUUCGAUAAUUAUUGGUGGGAAUGGACUAAUUCUGGUGAACCUUUUGGUUAUAGAAAAUACAUUCCAUUUAUGUAUACUCCCAAUAAUGUGAUAAGUAUUGCUGAUUUAAAUAAUUUGGAAGCAAAAAAUGCAACAAUGUUCUUAGAACCAUUAUUAGGAAACUUUAUGAGACAAGAUAUAGAUCGUAAAGCUGAUAAUUUUUUAAAUAUAGUGACAGGUGAAUAUUCGCGAUAUGGUGAAAAACCUUGGGAAGAUGAAAUAGAUUAUAAGGAAAAUUAUGAAUUUACAGAAAUAGAAUUUGCCAAUUCAACAAGAUUUAUCGAUCAUACUAUUAAGAGAGUGACUCCAUUUUAUGAAGAAACAAGAAAACGUUAUGCUAGAUUAAUUAGGACAAACCAAGAUAUUUAUGAAAGAAUUGUUAAUUUCGCCAAAUCAACAAAACUACCAAACCUAGAUGAAACUUUGUGGAAAAAUUUGGAUUUUGGUGAUAAGUUUGGCGAAGUAAUAACUGAUUCUAAAGAGAUGUAUCAUAAAAUUAGAAAUGAUUGGUAUAACCUCCAAGGUAAGUGA